GGUCACCAUAUUAAAUUCUUCAAAACUUCCUGUCUCAAACGACAAGCAUGCCUUGCUAGUGCCACUGCCCACUGCCACCAAAAGCAAACUGCCUCUCCCCCCACCUCCAUUUGGGCUCUGACAUAAAGAUUUUCUUUUGUUAAUGGGAAAUUUCUGGCAUAAAAACCAGAAAUUGGGUUCUGAUUUGAAGAUUUCCUUAUUAAACAACCAGACCCCUUUUGAGGGUUAGCUUUCCUUCUUCUUCAACCAGCCCUCAUUUUCCAAAACUUUCAGCUUCUGCUUGGGCUCUCUCUGGUUUUUUUUUUUGUACAUGAGCAUUUAAUGGGAAUGAGGAGAACAGAGGCUGCUGCUUCCUGUCUUGUGGCUUCUUUAUUGUUUUGGGCUUCUGCAAUAAAUGGCCUGCUCUCUCCCAAAGGUGUAAACUAUGAAGUUCAAGCUCUAAUGAGCAUAAAAGCUUCCCUUCAAGAUCCCCAUGGUGUGCUUGAGAAUUGGGAUGGGGACUCUGUUGACCCAUGUAGCUGGACCAUGGUUACUUGCUCGGCUGAGAGCCUUGUCAUUGGCCUAGGAACUCCAAGCCAGAACCUGUCUGGGACUCUUUCUUCAAGCAUUGGGAAUUUGACAAACCUUCAAAUUGUGCUGUUGCAGAACAACAAUAUCACAGGCCCAGUUCCUCCAGAGCUUGGGAGGCUCUCAAAGCUUCAAACUCUUGAUCUAUCAAACAAUUUCUUCACUGGGGGAAUUCCUUCUUCUUUGGGCCAUUUGAGAGGCCUACAGUACUUGAGGCUUAACAACAACAGUCUUUCUGGGGUAUUUCCGAUGUCUUUAGCCAACAUGACCCAGCUUGCUUUUCUUGAUGUGUCUUAUAAUAAUCUCAGUGGCCCUCUGCCCAGAUUUCCCAGUAAAACAUUCAACAUUGUUGGAAACCCUCUGAUCUGUGCAAGCGGGUCCGAAGCGGGCUGCCACGGAACGACUCUAAUGCCCAUGUCCAUGAAUUUGAACAGUUCACAAACUGGUUUACCUGCUGUGAGAUUGAAGAGUCACAAAAUGGCUCUUACAUUUGGCUUGAGCCUAGCUUGCCUAUGUCUGAUUGUUCUUGUAUUUGGACUGUUCAUAUGGUGGAGAAGACGAAGCAAUCGACUGACAUUCUUCGAUGUAAAAGACCGACAACAUGAGGAAGUUUCGCUCGGAAAUCUGAGAAGGUUCCCAUUUAGAGAACUUCAGAUAGCAACAAACAACUUCAGCAGCAAGAACAUACUAGGAAAGGGAGGUUUUGGAAAUGUUUACAAAGGAAUUCUUUCGGAUGGAACGGUUGUAGCUGUUAAAAGGCUCAAAGAUGGCAAUGCCAGUAGAGGGGAGAUCCAGUUCCAGACAGAAGUUGAGAUGAUCAGCCUUGCCGUGCACCGUCAUCUCCUCAGACUAUACGGGUUCUGCAAUACGCCGACCGAAAGGCUUCUUGUUUAUCCAUAUAUGUCUAAUGGAAGCGUUGCUUCACGUCUCAAAGGAAAACCGGUGUUAGACUGGGGAACAAGGAAAAGAAUUGCUAUAGGAGCUGCAAGGGGAUUGUUAUACCUCCAUGAACAGUGUGACCCAAAGAUAAUACAUAGAGAUGUUAAGGCUGCAAACAUAUUGCUUGAUGACUACUGCGAGGCUGUCGUUGGAGAUUUUGGGUUGGCUAAGCUUCUGGAUCAUCAAGAUUCACAUGUAACAACUGCCGUGAGAGGCACCGUGGGACAUAUAGCUCCCGAGUAUCUCUCCACUGGACAGUCGUCCGAGAAAACAGACGUUUUCGGAUUCGGAAUCCUACUCCUUGAACUAAUCACAGGGCAGAGAGCCCUUGAGUUUGGCAAAGCAGCUAAUCAGAAAGGAGGCAUUCUUGACUGGGUGAAGAAGAUUCAGCAAGAGAAGAAGGUGGAAGUGCUGGUGGACAAGGAUUUGAAAGCAAACUAUGAGAGAGUUGAGGUAGAGGAAAUGGUUCAAGUGGCUCUGCUGUGCACCCAAUACAUGCCAGGACACAGACCAAAAAUGUCAGAAGUUGUGAGAAUGCUUGAAGGAGAAGGGCUUGCUGUGAGAUGGGAAGCUUCACAGAGAGUGGACACUUCAAAAUGCAAACCCCCCCAUGAUUUCUCUUCCUCGGACAGAUACUCUGAUCUCACAGAUGACUCUUCAUUGUUGGUCCAAGCCAUGGAGCUCUCUGGCCCAAGGUGAAAGCUCAAAAAUUCCUUUUGCCAAAUUCUUUUUUUAGAAGAGUUUAUUUAGUAUAUUAAGAGAGAGUUUUCAAAGAUGAAGCCUUUUUUUCCCUUUUCUUUUUUGGUGCAUAGGAGGUGGAGUUUGCUUGUAUCAUAUUAGAAAUGUUGAAGCUCUGCAAGGGCUUUGUUAUUCUAUUUCCAAUUGUAUAGGCGGUGUUUGAUAACGAUUUUGUUUCAUUUGGUUAUUUGUUUUUGAAAAUUGAGCGUAUAGUGUUUGUAUC